CUUACCGAGCUCCAUACCUCUAUACGUUUUGAAAACAAAAUCCCCGGUCAAUUGUUCCGAUUUGUAAAAAAUAAUCAAAACGUACAAACAUCGGCCAGUAUUCACAAACAUUGCGGCCGAAGCGGCGAAACCUAACUGAUAUCGGAAUGCGAUCUCACGGGAAGGUUUUUAAUUGGAAAAUGUAGUUUGUGUUGUGAAUUUGUGAUAUUAAAAAAUGUUAAUGAGAGGCAGAUUGGUUACCAACAUGAUGCUGAUUGAAAAAUUAAUAUGUUACACUACACUUAUUACCGCGAUAACAGCUGUCCAAUUCCUAAACAAUCCAACAUCAGAAAUGUCCGCAGACGAAAAAAGUUUUGUUAAAAAUAACAAAACAGGGGAGCAAUCUGACGAAAGCAGCCAUGAAGUGGAAACGGAAUUAGAAGAAAAGAAAUUCUUAGAUGAUGCAUUGAAAGCAGUUUUAGAUCCUAAUAUUGUAAUUGCCAAAAAUGACGAUAUUGUUGAAACAUUUAGAGUCCAGCUGGAAGAAGUUGACAAAGAAAAUAGCACUAUAGAUGUAUUCAUGGAAGAAAUGGAUAAAUUAAGCUUAGAAAUUUGUAAAACAUCGCAAGAAUCACUUUGGGACUACGUAACGGAUAUCAACAGCGAAGCAAAGAAAAAUAAAAUGGUCCGAAUAGCAGCUCAAGAAGAUGAAAUAAAGAAACGGUAUUGGACCAUUUUAAAGAAAAAAUACUUGAAUGAUGAAGAAUCGUUACUGGAUUUGAAAUUAAUGAGGAAAAUAAGAAUAAUAAAACAGCGAGGCACUAAUGUGCAAAUGCCUCAGAGUAAACAACGCGAGGAAAUCGAUACAAUGCAACGUAUUUGGAGCCGAGUGUCAGUUUGCGCCUACAACGCAACUGUUUGCAAAAACGAUGAUCCCCAAAAAACCAUGAACGAUAUAAUAACAAUUUUCAAAACGAGUAACGACACUGAGGAACUGGCGUACUAUUGGAAGGCUUACAGAGAUGCAACUGGGAGAAAGAUUCGGCCUAUUUUCAAAGAUUACGUAGUUAGAAUGAACAACGUAGCUGUAUCAGAAAACUUCACUGAUGCUGGCGAAAUGUGGCGAUAUGCUUUUGAAGAUGACAAUUUCUCAGAGACUGUUAAUCGAGUAUGGAAUGAAAUUAAACCCUUUUAUAACCUUCUGCAUGGUUAUGUGUGGGCGAAACUAAAGGCUUAUUACAAGAUGGAAUUAAAUAAUAAUAAUAAGUUGAUACCAGCUCAUGUUAUAGGCAAUUUAUGGGCUCAAGAAUGGCAAUCAAUAUACAACAAAGUUGCAUUGUACCCGGAUGUUGAAAGAGCAACAGUUAUCGAAAAUGGAAGCAUACAUUCCAUAGAUCUCUUUCAUGCUGUUGAUGAAUUUCACCAAUCCCUAGGAUUUGAAAGUGCCAAAGAAUCUUUUCAAGAUAUGAAGGAAACAAAGACAACAGUCAAUUGUUUACCCUCCAGCCAUGAUAUGUGCGACGGUGUUAGUUACAAAAUUAAAUGGUGUGGUGAGAAAGUUUCUGAUUUAACAGUGGGAUUGUCUAGAGCGGCCAGACUGUUGGGUCAUGUGCAAUACUUCAAGCACUAUCGUAAUCUUCAGCCGUUAUUUAGAGAUGGGCCUAAUCCAGCCUUCCACGAUGCAAUCUCCGAUAUCGCCGCGGUGCAGCUGACCUCGCCGAAGCACCUUCAAACCUUGAACUUUGUGAAGGUAGCCUCUACUGCCGAGUCCACACUUAACCAUUUACUGUGGUUAGCGCUUGAAAAGUUUCCACUUAUGGCCUACGCUUAUGUUCUCGACAAGUGGAGAUGGGACGUGUUUGCCAACAGCAGUAUGGAAGAUUGGAACCAAUAUUGGUGGGACCUCAGGAUCAAAGAGACUGGUGUAUCACCUCCCGUAGCUCGGAAUGAAAACGAUUUGGACCCUGCAGCAAAAUAUCACGUUGUUUCUCAUGUCCAAUAUAUAACGUAUUUGAUAUCACACAUACUUGAGUUCCAAAUCCUGCUAUCACUAUGCAAGAGGGCAAAUCACACCGGACCUUUACACGAAUGCUCCAUACACGGCGUUAAGGAAGCGGGAAAAGUGCUAAGCGAUGGAAUGUCUCUCGGGGCCAGCGAAGAUUGGAGGACAGUACUAGCAACUAUGACAGGUGAAUCCGAACUGUCAACGAAAGGAAUUCUAGAAUACUUUGCAGUCCUCGAAGAAGUUCUCAAAGAGGAAACUGCAAAAUUGGAAAGGAAGAGCGAAGAAAUUGAUAAAAGUGCACCAAUUAUAAUAGGAAUUGUAGUUAUUGUUCUAGUUUUACUAAUGUUUAUACUUUACUGUGUGAAGAAAAGAGAAUCUGUUUCAAAAAUCCUUUCUUAUUGCGGCCUAAGUAAGAAUGGGUCUCUAGAUAUAGUUACCCAUGAACUGUCACUAAGGAAGCCCAAUGAUGUAGAUGGAGUUCGUGAGGAUAAAGUGUGAUUCAAUACAGUCUGUAAAGUGUG